AUGGCAUCCCAAGAUCUACAGAAAUUUAGUGCUGCACUAAAUAAUUCUAUUAUUGAGUUUCAUCAAAAGAAAAUUUGUAAGAUCAAUGAAAUUCUGGAAAGAAAAUGGUCUGAGUGUUAUGAAGCAAUUGACAUUGAAAAGAUUUUAAUUGUUGCUAGUACAAGCACAGAAAAGUUUGUAAAUGACGAAAAUAAUGGCAAGAAGCCAAAAGAUAGCAAUAGUCCAAAGAAAAGUAGGGAAAGUCCAAAGAAGGGUAUAAUCAAUUCUAAUACAGAUAAAACUAAAUAUACAGAAGAAAUAAAUGUCAAAUUAGAAAGAUUAAUGUUUAAUUACAAAGUUGUUAUGCUUAGGAAUGGCCAAGAGCUUGAAAUGAGAGGAAGAUGCAGUGAAGGACAAAAAGUGUUAGCAAGCCUUAUCAUCAGAAUGGCUUUAGCUGAAGCAUUUAAUUGUAAUAUUAUCUCUUUGGAUGAACCCACAACAAAUUUGGAUAGUACUCACAUGAGUAAAAUUGCAACACUUUUAUCUGAUGAUUUCGAAAAGAUGAGCCAAAACCAGUAA